UGCGUCAGACUCGUCCUGGAGGCGAAUGGUCUGCUUAGUACUACCUUUUAAGACACACAAAAAUACUCCUAAAGAAAACGAAACUGAUAGAAAUAAUAUAAAGAAAGAAGAAAGAAAAUUAGAUCCAAGGGGUAUAGACUAGACAAUAGUCUAAAAACCCUAUAAAAGAAGAUAGAAGAAAGAAGAAUGGUCUGCUUUUAAGGGGCGUUGAGAUUCUUAGAUUCUGUAUACCUGGAAAAAAAAACAAUUUUAGAAAUCAUUCGAGAUGGCCGUGGCUGUGGAUUCGGCGAAAUACCUGUUAGAUGAGAUUCUGCCGGUUUUGAAACGUGUAGAGGAGGCGUUUGCUCUUAUCGGGAUCUAUUACGCUGGGUCUGUGACUGUCAGGGUCCUUUGGAAGGUCACGAAAGGGGUCAGAGUGCACUUCUGGUCCAAGCUGUGGAAGAAGGACUUGGUUGGAAAAUAUGGCAGAUGGGCAGUCGUGACAGGCUCAACUGAUGGCAUAGGAAAAGGCUAUGCUAAAGAGCUUGCAAAAAAUGGAAUGAACAUAGUACUUGUCUCCAGGUCUUUAGGGAAGCUGGAGAAAGUGGCAGAGGAAAUUGUGGCUGAGUUUGGAGUUGAGACAGAUGUUGUUCAAGCAGACUUUUCUUUGGGUCGUCAUGUCUAUGAUAAUAUUGCAAGACAUUUGAAAGACAAAGAAAUUGGCAUUUUAGUUAACAAUGUUGGAACACUGAUCACUCCAAGACUAUUUGAUAAGCUAACAGAUGAUGACAUCUGGACCUAUGUGAAUGUGAAUGUAGCAUCAGUGCCAGCUAUGACCAAGUUGGUGUUGCCUGGAAUGUUGGAAAGGAAGAAAGGAGCUAUUAUCAAUAUUUCCUCAGAAGUGGCUUACUUUUCGCUACCGUACCUUCAGAUGUAUGCAGCAACAAAGUCCUUUGUCAGUAGCUUCACUCGAGCUAUUGAUGCAGAAUAUUACUCAUCAGGGAUUACAGUCCAGUGCAUAGAGCCGGCAGGUGUGUCUACCAACAUGAAUGCUUUUGAUGAAAGGAUUCACAGGCCAGGAUUCUUCACUGCAACCCCUGACCAUUUUGCUGCAAGUGCUGUUGCAACCCUUGGCUACUCUAGCUGCACCACUGGUUAUUGGACUCAUGGGCUUCAGUUGUCUUUCCUGCAGCUUUUCCCAGAGUGGUUCAUAGUAAUGAGCUUCAGGUACAUGGUGGAGUUCAGCCAAAAGAAGUUAAAAUGAAGUGGGUGUAAGUGCUGCACUUACUUCAUGGCCACCAAAUAGAUCCUUCCAAGCAAACGAGAAUAAUGAGAUGGAGAGAACGAUUGUAAUGAGAAGUGCUGCACUUUAAAAAUAUAUGUGGUUUGAUCAGUUGAGAUUUGUCACGAGAGGAUCGUCGAGUGAACUUGUUAUUUAUUGAUUAUUCUUUUCUUGUUUUUAAGAGUUUUUAUUUGAAAGAGGAAAAUGGGAAUAUCUUCUGUGUUUUAUGCUUUUGGUGGUUAUUAGUCGGAGAGGGUGACAGUUUGCUCGUCGAAAGUCUGUAUUGUAGAAAGGAAGAUGGAAGGCAAUUAAUUAUCUUAUUUUUGUGUGAUGAAUACAGGGAUGGGUUGUAGUCAGUUUUGUUUAAUUUUUACUUUAUUUUCUGGACUUAUAAAUAUUGACAGAUGAAUAAUACUGGAAAAAAUAUAUAUAUUACAGUUUUCUCAAGUCAUUCAUAGAUUACCAUCAUUCAGUCUGUUGACCCAUACAUAAUUUAUGUCUGUAACCCAGAAAUGUCAUGAUUUUGCAUGAAUGACUUACUGGCAGCUUGAUUAAAUAGUAAACUAGAAGUUUUUAAGCUACUUUUGCUUAAUAUUACUUGCAAUGACUUGAGAGCUUUUGUUGGGUGUAUGUUAUAUUGAAUUAUAUAAAAAUAGGUGAUUACUCAAUUACUCUUCAGUGCAUGCAACUCAUUUGAUAAUGAUUAAGAUAGAAUGUCAUCAGAUAAAUUAGGAAUUAAGGGAGAGAUUCAUGUUUUUAUGUAAUGGACCUUAUUGCCUUUAAAUGGAAGCAGCAAGAUAUGGUGGCAUAGACUAUGAUGCAUUAAAGUCUAACAUUCCACUACAGAUAAUGUAUAUAUUGUGAUUGUUGAUAGUACAUUGUUAUCAUUUAUAUAAGAGUUUAAGGAAGUAGCUUUGUGAAAGACAUUAGCAAUCCUAUUGUGGCAAAAUACAAAAUGGGACAAGCUUUGUGUGUUGUUCUGGUUUUAACUUAACAUGGAGCAUUGCCAGCUUUCUUGCUAGGCUUUGAAGAUUUGCUUGACUAAAGGAAAGUGCAUUGUAGAUUUUUUUGUUUGGUGAAUGCAAGGUUGGAAAUUUGAAUUUCAGUUUGAAUGGUAAAUGAGACAAAUGUAAAGCAAGAACCAGUUUUAGUUUCCUUCUCCAUUGAGAGUUGGAAUAAAAGAAGAAAGAAAAGAAGAGUAAUGUAUCAUAGGUUCAUUUUGCUGGAAGUUUGAAUAUUGUGAGUAUUGGACUUUAAUCCAUAAACUGUGACAUGCCUCAUGAGAUGUCCUUUUGAUAGCCAACAACACAUACUCAAGAGAGUUGGUUGCUCGUUGAAUUUGACACAUAUUUAUAAUGUUUUGGCAGGAGUUGAUGCUGAGAUCUCCAGCAUCCCCCAGGAUACAGUACCUCAUGUAGGAGCUGCUACUUAGGUGCCAGUUUUCUAUGCAGCUUUGCCUGGGUUAAUGGGGAAACUUGUAAAUUUGAAAAAUUGUAUCUUGGUUUAUGUCUAGAUGUUUUGACUUUUCAGAGCAAGAAAUAUAUGCCUUACAAAUUAAGAAGUAUCUAGUCUUGUUAAAACUCUUCUUUGACACUUUACAGGUUAAGGGAUGUGUUUGAAAAAGAAGUGUAUAUAAGUAGUUGGUUGGAGUUCUCAUAAAAGUGAGAUUUAUUAAUGCUAACAUGCAGGUUGUAGACAUUUACAGAUUGUUUAAUUAUACCAUUGUAGAUUCAUUCAUGUAUGUCUCUUAACUUGCAAUGAUACAAAGUAGGUAAAUGUGCGCCUGUAACUGUCACAUCCAGAAAAUUAUUUGCUUGUGAGGCAAUCUGCAUUUUCAUAGCUCAGUUUCAUCUGUCAUGCACAAGUAUGUAACCUGCAGGAUAUAAUCAUUGUGAUGUUUGUUGAUAGAAUAUAACCUUGAAGAUGAAUGUAUGGAAACAAAGUCAGGCUGUGAAGAACUUUGCCAAAUAAUUGUAAUGGUAAGAUUAAUUUUGGUAAGUCUUGUUGCUAUUGUUGUUUAACUUUGUGAAACCAGUAAGAGUCAGAGAUGCCUUGAAGUACAAUAAGAGUAAUUUGUUAUCCACUAUAAUGGCUGACCAUUUUGUAAUGGGAUAGAGAGGGUGUUUUAAAGGUUGUCUAUUUUAUCCACUUAUCAUCUUUGAUAUUUGUUUAUUUAUGUUUUUUAUCAUGAUUAUUUUUUGUGUGUGUAAGUAUGUUAAUUUCAUGAAUAUUUUUUUGAUUCCUCAACUGUUUAGCCAGUUGGAGGGUAUUUGAUAAUCAUGAAUAAAUGUCCUUUGUAGUAAU